AUUGGAAAAAUGAAAAAAAGUCAAAAAAGAAAAGGAAAUUGGGGGAAGAAGAUUUUAGGGCAGGGUAGGGUUUAAUAGUGAGAGGCCGCCACUUCUUCUCCUUCCUCUUCUUCCCUCCUUCAGCUCACAAAAAACGCCGACGGAAAACAAAUCAACAGAAAUCCCCCGCCGGGAUCGCCGUUCCCCCGGCAUCUUCUCGCCCGCUUAACGGAUCGAUUGGGGUAAGAAUUCGUGGGGAAGAGAAAUGGAGAGUGUGGUAGUGGCGGGGCAGAGGAGCGAGACUUUGGCGGUAGGGAAAGAUGGAUCGUCCUCGUCGAUGAUGGCGGCGGUGGAGGAGGUUUCCGUUGCCUCCACAUCUUCUUUUGUUACUGCGGCGAUGAUGCAGCGGAAGAUAGAGUUCCACCCGGCGAGGAAGCAGUACAGCGGAUUGGGGGCGUGUCGGGAUUUCCCGAUCGAGACGCUGAACCCUGAUUCGUCGAAGAGGCCGGCUAGGUUGGAGGAGCUUACGGCGACGAUGUCGCGUCAGGUGGUGAAGAGAGGCGACGGGACGACGGUGGAUUUGUGGGAGAGCGAGAUCAGUAGCUUCGAUAUCACAUUUCAGAGGAUUGGUGCUGGUUUGCGAAACAUCGGGAAUACUUGUUUCCUCAAUUCCGUGUUGCAAUGCCUGACUUAUACAGAACCUUUGGCGGCGUAUUUACAAAGUGGCAAGCACAAGAGUUCUUGCCGGAUUGCUGGGUUUUGUGCCUUGUGUGCGAUCCAGAAACAUGUCAACCGUGCUUUACGAUCUACCGGGAUAUCAUUUGUACCAGAUCUUGUUUCGAACAUGAGAUGUGUAUCCCGAACUCUCAAAGUUUCUAAGCAAGAAGACGCACAUGAAUACCUGGUGAACUUGCUGGAAUCAAUGCAUAAGUGCUGCUUACCAUCAGGAGUCCAGAGCGAGUCGCCUGCUGCUUAUGAAAAGAGUUUGGUGCACAAAAUCUUUGGUGGUCACCUGCGUAGUAGGGUGCAAUGCCAGCAGUGUUCUUACUGCUCUGACAAAUUUGAUCCAUUUUUAGACUUGAGUCUUGAAAUAAACAAAGCGGAUGCUUUACCUGUAGCACUACGGAACUUCACUGCUGCCGAGUUGUUGGACGGUGGAGAGAAGCAUUAUCAAUGUCAACAAUGCAAGCAUAAAGUUAGAGCCACGAAACGUCUCACGAUUCAUAAACCACCCUAUGUGUUGAGCAUACAUUUGAAGCGUUUUUUUGCACAUGAUCCUGGAAGGAAGGUUGGGAAGCAAGUGUGUUACGAGCGUACCUUGGACAUUAGGUCAUUUGUUAGUGAUCCCAAUGAAUGCAACUUGAAGUACAGCCUUUAUGGUGUUCUAGUUCAUCAUGGAAGCAGCACCCGCUUUGGUCACUAUGUCUGCUUUGUUCGCACCUCGACUGGGAUGUGGUACUGUCUUGAUGACGAAAAGGUUCACCAAGUUGGUGAGAAGACUGUUUUAAAUCAGAAGGCUUAUAUGUUAUUUUAUGUUCGCGACAGAAAGAAAGUUGCUCCAAGGAGACAACUUGAUGAGCUUAAAAAAGACAACAAUAUUAAAGCCCCUCUUGUUAGUAGCAUGCCUAACAUGGUCGUUAAUAAAACGAUUAACGGUGUCUCAAAGGAUGCUCUACAGAUGGAAGUACCAACCAAUCAGAAAAAUGAGCCGGCAAAUGCAGAAUGCUCAAUUCAAAAUCCACGUCCCGUUUCGGCAUCUUCUGCCAAGCAACCAUUGCUCCUUGAGCCUGCUUUAGGAGAAUGCCUUAAAACUCCUGCACAAUGUGUAACUGAGAAUGUCAGCCCCACUCGUGAACCGAAAGACUGCAUCGUCUCACUUGCAGCAAGAACUAGUGUCAGUGGUUGCGUUUCCUCUAGCUCCAGUGAGGAGCGAAAUAUGGCAACUGGCAAGCUCACCUCUGUUGAGUCUUUGCAAAAGCCUAGUUCUGCUUUAACCGUGGUGGUUGAAGUGCCUUCUGGAUCUGCUGGUGAUAAGACAUCAAAUGCACCCUGUUCGGCUGCAUCAGUUGGUGAUCAGGAUCAAGUAGAUCAUGCACUAUCACAAUCUUAUCCCAGCUGUGAGAAGAAUCAGGAUGGUGUUCCAGUUAACAAAACUGGGGAUCAGGCAGGCCAUAAAGUUGAAGUAGUUGACAAGGAGUGUGAAGUUCAAAAUGCUCCUGGUAGCAGUCCACAGAAAAGAGAUAAAAAGAAGCAUCUUAAGCACCAUAUUCAUAAACUGCAUCUUGGUACAAACUUCUUCAGGACAUCUCUCCGCCAUGGCAUAAAGACGAAAAAUAGAAAGAGGAAAUGCCGCAGUUCAGACGGACUGAUGCUCCUGAAGCAGCAGCAGUUAGAGGAAGCAAAGAGUCUUUCAUCUGAGAUGGAGCCCUCAACUUCCAAGAACUUUGCCUCUCCAUCGUGUUCAGCUAAUUCUCAGAAGAAGAAGAAGAAGAAGAGAGCUAAAGCCCAUUCAAAGGAGGAUCAUGCAGGUAUCAGUUCUCAAGGAGACGUGGUUGGUGAGUUGUCACAAAGGACUGGUCAGAAUGGUGCUGUCCUUGCAACAGCUGAGCAAUUGCAGAAGAGCUCCAUCUCUAACUCUGCAGCAAACAGGCAGGAUGCUAACAGCACGAUAGGAAAUGUUAAAAGAGAUGCAGCGAAGAAUUGUGUGGCGGAUUUCCUUGCUCAAGGUUUGAAGCAUACGACAGUCUCAUGUUGGGAUGAGGUAAAUCCAUCUCAAACCCGGAAAUCAAAUAGUGCAGAGGUUUUCAGCAUCGGUUACGUGGCAGACGAGUGGGACGAAGAAUACGAUCGAGGUAAGAGGAAGAAGGUUAGGGAGUCUAAGGACGACUUCAGCGGACCAAAUCCUUUCCAACAAGCUGUCUUCGAGAAAUCAAGGCACCAACAGCAGAAGGAAGUGAGAGUAGACGGGAAGUGGAUGCGAAAGGAAAAACGAAGGCAAAGACAAACCUCAUGAAAACAAGCACAUAUUCAACUCCGACGGUACAUUUUGUAAGAGUGCUACUACUACCAUCACUGAUUUGUCGACCUGAUGAAUGUUUUGUCUCCGUGUCUGCCACCAUUCAGUUGAAGUUAGUAUGAAGAGAAUCGAAAUGAUGGCCAAAUUUUGUCUGUGAUAUCUGUUCUGUGUGUUCAUUUUUGCACUUUUCAGUAGAGAGUAGAUAUUAUUAUGAAAACUCUUGGAGGAGUUCAAUCGAUCAUGUUGGUAUUGCUGUGAAAACUAGAGAGCUAAGCUUGCUUUCAAUAGAUUUGUUGAGAAAUGUAUCUGCAAAUUCAGACCUUGAUAAUGUAUUACUUUGCCUACUUUGAAUAAUGGUAAACCAAGC